AGCCUGUGUGGCCUGCAUGAGCGCUGCCCAGCGCUGCCUUCCUCUUCGACGACCAUGGCGUCGUCGAGCACCGCGCUGAAGACCUUCUCGUUGACCAAUGACAUCUUAGAAGUCUCACCUCAAGACGAGAUCUACCGCUUCGACCAGGCAGCGAACCGUAGGCUCCUCCAGGAGGCACCUUGGGCGCGUGAUCCGCACUACUUCAGAGUAUGCAAGAUCUCUGCUGUAGCGUUGAUCAAAAUGGUCAUCCACGCGCGUUCGGGUGUGCCCUACGAGAUUAUGGGCCUCAUGCACGGCAAGAUCAUGGAUCGCACCCUCGUCAUCGUCGAUUCCUUCGCCCUUCCAGUGCAGGGUACAGAGACGCGUGUCAACGCGGCGAACGAGGCGAAUGAAUACAUGGUCCAGUACAUCCAGGGCAGCGAGCGCGUCGGGCGCUAUGAGAACGCCGUUGGGUGGUAUCACUCGCAUCCGGGCUACGGCUGCUGGCUUUCGGGUAUCGACGUCAACACACAGAUGACGAACCAGAAGUACCAGGACCCCUUCGUCGCCGUGGUCAUCGACCCGAACCGCACCAUCUCCGCGGGCAAGGUCGACAUCGGUGCGUUCCGGACGUAUCCUGAGUCCUAUGUCCCGCCCGAGGCGGGCGCGGGCGAGUACCAGAGUAUCCCAUUGAGCAAGAUCGAAGACUUUGGUGUCCACGCGAACCAAUACUACCCGCUGGAGGUGCAGGUGUUCAAGAGCAGCCUAGACGCUGAGCUCCUCGGUUUGCUGUGGAACAAGUACUGGGUCAACACGCUGAGCCAGAGCGCGCUGAUAUCGAACCGAGCAUAUGCAGCCUCGCAGCUCUCGGAUCUUGCACAGAAGCUCACGAAAGCGCAGACGAAUGUUCCGAACACGAAGGCACCGCCGCCUGCACUCAAGGACGACAAGGCUGCGAAGGUUAGUUGCAUUGGGUGUGAUGACCAUUGAAUGCUAACGGCGGCGAGUAGAAAGAAGAGAAGAAGAAAGAGGAUCAGAACCAGUUGCUGAAGGGUGCUAAAGACAGGUAUGUCAGUUCCCGUCUCGAUGUGGACAGAACUAACAAAUAUCGUUCGUAGCGAGAAACUUGCGACGGAAGC